GCGUCGCCCAUCGCCCCGCCCCUGAGGGAAGAGGAGGCGGGGUCGGCAUUGUCAUCUCUCUGCGCCUUCCCGCGGCGCGCCGCGGCGCUCCGAGCCGUUGGCGUCGUCUGCGUGACGUCACAGUCACUGAUAGCGUGAGCCCGCGGCGGCUGCUGCCAUGGUUGCUGGCUGCCGGGUACAGCAUGUCUAGACUGGGGGCCCUGGGCGGUGUCCGUGCCGGGCUGGGACUGUUGCUGGGUACCGCCGCCGGCCUUGGAUUCCUGUGCGUCCUUUACAGCAAGCGAUGGAAACGGACCCCGCGCCAUGGCCGCAACCAGAGCCUGCCCAACUCCCUGGACUACACGCAGACUUUAGAGCCUGGACGCCAGGUGAUGCUGCUGCGGGCUGUCCCUGGUGGGGCUGGAGAUGCCGCGGUGCUGCCCACUCUUCCACGGGAAGGUCAGGAGAAGGUGCUGGACCGCCUGGACUUUGUGCUGACCAGCCUUGUGGCGCUGCGGCAGGAGGUGGAGGAGUUGAGGAGCAGCCUGCGAGGGCUUGCAGGGGAGAUUGUUGGGGAGGUCCGAUCCCACAUGGAAGAGAACCAGAGAGUGGCUCGGCGGCGAAGGUUUCCUUUUGUCCGGGAGAGGAGUGACUCCACUGGCUCCAGCUCUGUCUAUUUCACAGCCUCCUCGGGAGCUACGUUUACAGAUGCCGAGAGCGAAGGGGGUUACACAACAGCCAAUGCGGAGUCUGACAAUGAGCGGGACUCUGACAAAGAGAGUGAGGAUGGGGAAGAUGAAGCAAGCUGUGAGACUGUGAAGAUGGGGAGAAAGGAUUCUCUGGACCUGGAGGUGGAGGCAUCUUCGGGUCUGGUGCCCAGUGCCCUGGAGCCUGGAGCUUCCUCAGGCUUGGAGGAUGUGCUGCCCCUCCUGCAGCAGGCGGAUGAGAUGCACCAGGGUGAUGAGCAGGGCAAGCGGGAGGGCUUCCAGCUGCUGCUCAACAACAAGCUGGCGUAUGGAAGCCGGCAGGACUUUCUCUGGCGCCUGGCCCGGGCCUACAGUGACAUGUGUGAGCUCACUGAGGAGGUCAGCGAGAAGAAGUCAUAUGCCUUAGAUGGAAAAGAAGAAGCAGAGGCUGCUCUAGAGAAGGGGGAGGAGAGUGCUGACUGCCACCUGUGGUAUGCAGUGCUUUGUGGUCAGCUGGCUGAGCAUGAGAACAUCCAGAGGCGCAUCCAGAGUGGCUUUAGCUUCAAGGAGCAUGUGGACAAAGCUAUUGCUCUCCAGCCAGAAAAUCCCAUGGCUCAUUUUCUUCUUGGCAGGUGGUGCUAUCAGGUCUCUCACCUGAGCUGGCUAGAAAAAAAAACUGCUACAGCCUUGCUUGAAAGCCCUCUCAGUGCCACUGUGGAAGAUGCCCUCCAGAGCUUCCUAAAGGCUGAAGAACUACAGCCAGGAUUUUCCAAAGCAGGAAGGGUAUAUAUUUCCAAGUGCUAUAGAGAACUUGGGAAAAACUCUGAAGCUAGAUGGUGGAUGAAGUUGGCCCUUGCAGCUCCCAGAUGUCACUAAGGAGGAUUUGGCUCUCCAGAAGGACCUGGAAGAAUUAGAAGUCAUUUUAGGAGACUAAUCACAUUUCACUGGCCUUCAUGACUGGAUGCUACUAUUUAGGAGGGCAAAAAAAAGUCAAAGCUUUUUUUCCUUAGACCUUCCUGAGAUCAGGCAACUACUCAAAUCUGACUCCUGGGUCUGACUGCCACCCACUACCAUUCCCCAUCAGUUAAUUUAAUCUAACCUCUUACCUAAUCUAAAAUUGGGGAAGUACUGGUGGCCUGGGUUUCUGUUGUUCUCUCCCUUGAGUGAUCUCUUGGGGGAAAAAAAUCAAGAUACACACCUGCCCCAGGAUUACACAUGGGUGGCGCCUGCUAGACCUGAGACCUUCCAAUUGCUGGUGAGGUGGAUAACUUCAAAGAGCUACAAGAACAAAGCAUAGAACUUGUCACUUUAACUUUUUCACUGACUAAUAUUCAACACAAAUAUAUAUAUAUGUGUGUGUGUGUGUAUAAUAUAUAUAUA